GGUGCAAGCGGCGCGGCUCAUGAUGUUCUCGUCUUUCUCGCUCUCCGAGGUACAGCUCCUGCUCAUCUCACCUCUCCCAGCAGCUGACCAUGCCCGUUGCACAGCCCGUAGAGCAUCGCCUCUACCUACCACCUAGAUCCAUGUCUCCUGUGGGACGUCCACUGCUGAGCUCGCCUUCGUCUAUUCGCGCCUCCACCCAUCCAGCCACGACCAACCAGAAGGGCAAAGCCCAACAUCGUAGCAGAAGUAGCAGUCACAAGCAUACCGGCCCUUCCCCUUCUGAGUCGACUGGAGCUCCUCCAGAAAAGCACACCAAGUCCUCUUCCUCCCACUUGCACCCACCCAUGCAUUCCAAUUCACACUUCGGGGCUCCUACGGUUCCUCUAGACAGGCACGGAAAGCCCAUCGAUCUAGCCGAGCUUCGUGCCAAGAAACAAGUCCAAGCCUUCUUCAAAGCCUUUGCCGAUAGUCUUGAGCCCACGCUCCGUCGUACCCUCUCCAAUUCCCUCACUGAGCAAGAAACUCGCGCUCGUACCCGCUUGAGAGAGACGGUCGAGUCGGUCCUCGAAGAGCACAAGAGUCGGGUCACCCGUGAACUCUCCCGCAAGAGAUACGAAGAACGUCUUGUCCGCUAUCACUCUGCAGUGCAAGAGUACCACUCUAGGAAACAUACAACGAUCAUGCUCCUCCUAAUGGAAAUUGGAGGAAUUACACUACUGGCUUUUCUCUAUACGUAUCAGGUUAUGGAUGGACAUCUAGGUGCGAUCGCUAGCUUUACACUUUCGGCGGUUUAUACCAUUUUCAUGUGGAGGAGAAGCAUGCUGGCACCCCCGAAGAGACCAUGUCCUUACGAGUCGAUUGCUGGUCCACCACCGAUUCUGAGUGAGGCGGGGGAAGAGGAAUUACCACGAUCCACCUGGUACGAGCGAAAUCUGCGCUGGCUACCUGUCCCCAAUAGACACACGGUCAAGAGAGCCUACGGUCUCUUUGACUGAUCCAAGAUGCUCGAGGUUGCGUUGUGCGACCUUCUCAGCUCCACACCACUCUCCUACCCAAGGUAGAGCAAAGCAAAGCAAAGCAAAUCCUAUGCCGCUUACUUCUCGUCGCACAUCAUGUAUCAACAGUCAACUAGCAAAUCUACCCGCUCUCAUCUAGAA